AUGUCAGAAUUGCUUCAAGGAAUUGCCAGUCUUACAAAAAGUGUACAACAAACCCUCAACAGCUAUGAAGUGCGCAAAUUGGGCGAUAAAGUUCAAGGUUAUGUUAUGAAUUUUACUGAAACUGAGCAGAAAGUUCGUGAGGCUACUAAUGAAGAUCCUUGGGGACCAACAGGACCGGAAAUGCAAGAAAUUGCGAGUUUAACCUUUCAGUAUGACCAAUUUACUGAGGUUAUGGGAAUGUUGUGGAAGCGUUUGUUACAGGAUAAUAAAAUGGCCUGGAGGCGUGUUUACAAGUCUUUAAUUCUGCUCAAUUAUUUGCUCAAAAAUGGGAGCGAACGAGUUAUUUCUACAGCCCGUGAUCAUUCUUUUGAAAUGCGGGCUCUGGAAAGUUACAAAUGUCUUGAUGAAAGAGGAAAAGACGAAGGGGCAAAUGUUCGUCAUCGUGUCAAAUUAAUUUUGGAAUUAUUAAAUGAUGAUGAAUUGUUGAGAAAUGAACGUCGUAAAGCAAAAGCUGAUGGGAGAGAGAAAUACCAAGGAUUUUCAAAAGAUGAUAUGUUAUAUAGAGGAGGCUCUAAUUCCUCAAAAUUCGAUUCUUUUGAACGCUGGAAUGAAAAGAAAGUUGAAAAAGAUGAACGAGAAGAGAAACAAAAAGAAUGGAAAUCAACUUCUCGUAGCGGUUCUAAUAGUGCCCGAAGGGAAGUUACAGCCUUUGAUUUUGAUACAGCGGAUAAUUCGCGUUCAAGAGCGAGUGGUUCUCCUGAAUUGGGAAUUAGAGAGAGAACACCAGAACCUCAAGAUGAGGCAGAAGAUGAAGAAUUUGGUGAUUUUACAUCUGCUAGAGCUGCUGCCCCAACAAAUGGAAAACAAACAAUUCCAACAUUUUCGUCUUCAAAAAAUAUUUCUUUGGCUAAUUCAAAACCUGUUGGUGGCGGUGGUGGAGAUGUUGAUCUUCUAGGCUUGGAUUUAAUUGGAGAUGUGCCAACAACCAAACCAACAAAAAUUCAACAAAAUUUCGGAAAUUUUGAUCCUUUUUCUUCAUCAAAAAAUUUACCAGAAUCUAACAUAAUAUUUAUUGAACGUCCAAAGUCUCAACAACAACAACAGUCAAUAUCUCCAAUAGCUCCACAAAAUGUGAAUACUACUAAUUUUGUUCAAUCAACACCUUCAAUUCCUUCUGCUGCUCCAGAACUUUUGGAUUUGUUUUCUUCUCCAACACAGCCAAUAAUACAAAAUGAAUUUAUGUCACCGGCUAUACAAAAAUCAACAUUAACGUCAACUAAUCAAAUUGACAAUCUUCUAAAUUCUGUUCAAAUUCCACAACAAGAAGUCAUUUCAAACAUUUCCUCUCUAGCUACUGCUCAACUAACAACAACAACAACUAACUCAACAACUAUAAAAAAUCAGCCAAAAUUGCCAAAAACGUGGGAGGAUUUUAAAGGAAAGGUAAAUAUAGAUUUUGAUAAUCUUUCGCUCAAAUCGCCAGUAAAAGCGACACCAACUUUGAAUGAGCUCAAAAAAUCUUCUUCUGGAGGACAAAAUAUUUCUUCGUCUUCAGGUUUUUUUAAUCUUUUUUUUUAAUUUUUUUAUUUUAAGGGCUUGGACAGUGGCAGUAAAUUUGAGAGGAAAAAUUUUUUUUGUAAUCAAAGGAUUUGGAAUUGGAAACAAAUAAAUGGUUUAUUUUUUGGGGUAAAUAGAAAUAAAAAAUUAAAAGGAGGGGGAUUUGCGGAUAGUUUAGGUUAUAUUCUCGGUUUCUUGGCUUUAUAGCUUUUUCUGUUUGAG